CUGCAGAUCCCGGAGCUCCGUCUCCUCGCGCCGCACUCCGGCUCUCCGCUUCCACAGGAGCCUCGAACAACUCGCACCUCUCCGGCAAAACAAGGCUGCGUUCGUUGAGGCUCCCGCCGAGCCAAUCCGCGCGCCGUUGCCCCUGGCAACCGUGUCCAUCAUUCCUCGACGCCCAAUGAGCGACGGGGGCGGCGCGGAGUCCAGGUGCGCCUCGGCGUCCACUUGGCAGAGCGCCUGGGAGCCGCCUAUGGGCAGGAGCGGAUCUGUCAAAUGCGAGGUUCCUUUAAUAAGAGCGACCAGUCCGGCUCCGGGAGUCAUGGCGACCGCAGCGUCUAACCACUACAGCAUCCUCACCUCCAGCGCAUCCAUCGUGCACUCGGAGCCCGGCGGCAUGCAGCAAGCCACGGCGUACCGGGACGCGCAGAGCUUGUUGCAGAGCGACUACCCGCUGCAGAGCAACAGCCACACGCUCAGCCACGCGCACCAGUGGAUCACGGCGUUGUCCCACGGAGAGGGGACCCCGUGGUCCUCGAGCCCCAUCGGCGCGGAGCAGGACAUCAAGCCCGCAGUGCAGGGCGCCAGGGAGGAGAUGCACAAUUCCAGCAGCAGCCUGCAGCACCAGUCGCGGCCGCCGCACCUGGUGCACCAGGCGCACGGGAACCACCACGACGCGCGGGCGUGGAGGACCACCACCGCGGCGCACAUACCGAGCAUGGCGACGACGAACGGCCAGAGCCUUAUUUACUCCCAGCCGGGCUUCGGCGUCAACGGGCUGAUCCCGGGGAGCGGCCAGGGGAUGCACCACCACAACCUGCGGGACAGCCACGAGGACCACCACAGCCCGCACCUCAACGAGCACGGCCACCCCGCGUCCCAGCACCAGCACCGGCCGCAGAGUCACCACGACCACUCGGACGAGGACACGCCGACGUCGGACGACCUGGAGCAGUUCGCCAAGCAGUUCAAGCAGCGGAGGAUCAAGCUGGGCUUCACGCAGGCGGACGUGGGACUCGCCCUGGGGACCCUGUACGGAAAUGUGUUUUCCCAAACGACCAUAUGCAGGUUUGAGGCCCUGCAGCUCAGCUUCAAAAACAUGUGCAAACUGAAGCCGCUGUUGAACAAGUGGCUGGAGGAGGCGGACUCCACCUCGGGCAGCCCGACCAGCCUGGACAAGAUCGCGGCGCAGGGCAGGAAACGGAAAAAACGGACCUCGAUCGAGGUGAGCGUAAAGGGAGCUUUGGAGAGCCAUUUUUUGAAGUGCCCUAAGCCGGCCGCGUCGGAAAUAAUCAGCCUGGCGGACAGUCUUCACCUGGAGAAAGAAGUGGUGAGAGUUUGGUUUUGUAACAGGAGACAGAAGGAGAAGCGCAUGACCCCUCCCGGAGGAGCGCUGCCGGGCAGCGAGGAUGUGUACGGGGACACGCCGCCGCACCACGGGGUCCAGACCCCGGUCCAAUGAACUCUACCGGACCGCUCCUCCAGGACUUGUUCAUCGGUUGUUGUUUUUUUAUUAUUAUUAUUAUUAUUAAUUAAUAUUAUUAUUUAUCCCCGAGGUUAUAUAUAAAUCACUGGACUGUGAGACGAUCUAGUGAGUGUUUUAUGUAUAAUAGAUUGCAGUGAGAGCCUCCACGAUAUCUGCAGUGAAUGUGUGAGAGAUUAAGGGAGUGGAGAGGAGGAUGGGGGGGGGGGGGGGGGGGGGACAGUUUGUGCUCUCCGAGGACACAUGCCCAGCACUGUGAGUCGACGCGGUUUCAAGGUGUAGCCCCUUGUUGUGUAUUCAAAAUUAUAUUUGACUCAAAAAAAAAAUAACAAUAAAAUUAAAACCAAAAAAAAUAAAUAAAAUAAAAAUAAAAAUCUCUAUAUAAAAAUAAACAGAGAGGGAGGGAGGUAUUUUUUUAGAUGAAAAGCCUAGCAGAAUAGUUUCCACUUUUCUAUCAACUCCGGCAUCGUUGUUGCUGCGUGCAGAAGCGGGUUAGUUUGUGGCCGCAGCGAAGGGGCCACUGGGGGGCGAGGAGAGGGCAGGGGGUCUGGGGGGCCAGACAGGGGUCACAGAAAGCUGCGUUAAUGGAGUGAAGUGGAGGCCAGUAAAAAGGCUGCAACCCCAGUCCAGUGGAGUCCCAUCUGUCAGCACAGAGGUCAGCUGCCACUCAUCUAUUAUUAUUAUUAUUAUUAUUAUUAUUAUUAUUAUUAUUGGUCGUGCUGCGACCUCUGCAAUUAGCGGCGUAAACACAGAGACCGCUCUGUUUUUUUUCCUCAGCCAUCACAGCCAGUUCAAUAACAUGAUCUCCUCCACCAAAGCGUUUGUUCUGCUCGUAGAAGAAGAAAAAGGAGGAGGAGGAGAAGAAGAAGAAGAAAAGGCUCCACGGCGAUUGAUUGGACUAUCUGGCACUUUUCCCACGACAAGAUGGGCUCUAGAUAUCUCAGCAAAAAUAAAAAAAUAAAAAAAAACGAAUAAAUAAUAAUAAUAAUACGACGGCGGCGAAAACAUUCGGAUUCGAAUCUGUAAAUAUUGUACAACUUUAAACAAAAAGUUAUGGAUUUGUAUCCCUUUAAAUAUAUAUAUAUAUUAUUAUUUUUCACUGGGGCACUUUUGUUUUUGUUUUAUUCUCCCCCUUCCCCUUACAAUUAGAUUUAUUUUAUUGUACUUUUUUUUUCAUUAUUGAGUUUCAGAAUCCAGCCUGCUGCUUUGCGUUUGGUGCUGUUCUUCUUGUCGCUCGAAUUUAACUCUCAAAUUUUUUCUUCUUCUUCUUCUUCUUUUUGUUCUUUUUGCGCAUUUUUAAUUUGCAGCUCGCGUGUUAUCGAUUUAAACGUCAGCUAAUUCAUUUUUGCUCUGAGUCACUUCCCGUCCACUCUGAGUGGAAAACAAAAACAAUUCACAGGACAGAACAGAACAGCGCUUCAGAACCGGAACCGAGACAGAUUAUUGAUAUUUAAAAACGCUCAGAAAUAAUUAAAAUGUUCCAGAACGACGCGUUCGAUAGUAAAUAAUAAUAACAACAACAACAACAAUAAUAAUAAUAAUAAUAUUGCACAUUUAGUUUUCAACUAAUUUUAAAAUAUAUUCCAAAAAUUUGCAUCUUAUGAGAAAGUUAUAUAUUAUUAUUAUUAUUAUUAUUAUUAUUAUUAUUAUUAUUAUUAUUAUUGCUUCAUUGUGGAGGAACUGUAUGGUUACAGCAAGUCGAUGUUAUUGUUCUAUCUUUGUUUUGGUUUCGUUUGAGGGUCAUUUCUAUUUUAUUUACGUGACGCAAAAAACACGAGAUGAAUCUAUUUAAGCUGAACUGAGACGCAGAGGGCAGGCAGGCAGGCAGCCUGGACCGGUCAGACACAGAGUUAUUCUGUACAUAUAAAUAUAUGUUUUAAUUCCAAACAGUAGCUCGCUUUUCUUCUGUUUAAAUGCAAAGAUACAUAUCCAGGGAUUUUAUUCCCACCUUCCUUUUUGUUGUUUUAUUUGCCUUCAUUUUCAUUUUCUUCCCCCUCUCUCCUGUUUCAUCAGAAAUGAUCACUGGAAUCUCUCCUCGGUAGCUUUAAUGAAACGAUCAGAUUUGACUGAACUUGUGGGAUGUAGACCUGUAGCAAUCCAACGCUGUGGAUUUGUUCUGUUUACUGUUUGUUUUUAUUAUUAUUAUUAUUAUUAUUAUUAUUAUUAUUAUUAUUUGGGGCAUAUUCACUGGAUGAACUUGGGGUAGAGCUAUCAGAGGUGAUAAACGCCUGCUGGUGUUUCGUCACUCGCCACAUGAACAAAGGGACUUGCACAUUUUUAAAUAAUGAGGUUGAUAUUAAAAAGGCUUCUCCUUUUUUUUUUCCAAUGUCAAGCCUACAUGGGUUUUUUUUUGUGUGUGUGUGUGUUUUGUUUUAUUUUUGUUUCAAGCAAACGCAGUGAUGAAGCCAAUGCUGGUGGUGCUGCAGCAGGUUCAUGCUGCGGCUGCAGCUCUGUCGGUUGAGAGGAAUUAAUGGCUGCGAGAAAAUGAGGCUGGAUGAUUGUGAGCUGAUGAUGUUGUUUCUGCUUCCAAACGGACUGACUUUGGCCCGGAGAGGAGGUGGGGGGAUUCAAUUAGGUCUUCAAGCUGGGGCCCGGGGAGCAAAAAGUGGCCCCUGGAAAGGACUGAAAGGGGCCCACUACAGUGAUUGCUUUUGACCCGCUUAAAAUUGUAAGUCCUUUUAUUAUUGUUGCCAUUCUUUGCAUUUUCUGCUUCUCAUUUCAGCUGGUCUGAGAUGACGACAGAUUUCUGUCAUUUGUUUGCUUGACCGUAAUUUGCCACUAAUUCUAAGCUUAAAACGGGGCUGAACGGACCGUCUCUGGGGGACAGCAGGGAUAAAAUCGACACUUGUAAAACGGCAAAAGCAGACAUGUCUUAAGUUCUCUGCUUUCAGAAAAGUACCGCUUCUCUGAAAUGUUUCCUGAAGAAGGGGAAAACUUUAAGCUGCUCAUUUUAACUCCAAAGUGCCAUAAUUUGCACUAAUAUUUAUUAUUAUUAUUAUUAUUAUUAUUGUUGUUGUUGUUGUUGUUUUGAAUUGAAAUCAAAUUGUCCCGUUGAGCUGGGAAAGACAUGCUCCGCUUUAUAUGCGGAGGAAUAGUGGGAGUUUUUGUCCGAUCACUCAGCAUCUAGUCAAAAACACACACACUUCCUGUUUCAACCGUGUAAUCACUCAUCUGUAGUUUGAUUGGUUAAAAAAAAAAAAAAAACUGAAUGUUGGCCCUUUAAUCGAUCCAAACUCUGCUGAAAAGUGAUUUUAUUGACCUGAUUGUGUUUAAUCCAUAACGGUUUUCAUGAGGAUAGACACGGUUUAUAUUAUAUCAUCCCCACAUCGGUUGCCUCAUCACCGCCCCGUCAUCAUCAUCAUCAUCAUCAUCAUCAUCAUCAUCAUCAUCAUCUCCGUUUGACCUGACCUGCCAUUUGGACGCGUGACACCAGGAAGCAGCUCCUCUCCCAAGAAGACUUUUUAAGGGGCCGCGUAGUAAAAAAAAAAAAAAAAAAAAAAAAAGGGGGGUAAAGCGCGUCCCGGUGCCCUUCAUCCGCUCUCUAGCAGAUGCAAUUAAUAGCGCGACGCGUUAAUUACACCUUCCUUUUUAUUUAGGUGACUUGAAAUUUCCCAUCAGGCUCACAGAGAGGAGAGAGACAGAGAGGGAGGGAGGGAGGGAGGGGGGGGAAAAAUACAACAGGGCUGAAGAAAGUCUGAAGCAAUGAAGGAAAGUCGGUGCGCAAGCGCCAUCUAGUGGCGUCAACACGACCAAAGGGUGAGUUCAAGAUCUUUAAUCGCUGUACUGCAGUCAGGGGGAAAAAAUAAAAACAUGGUGCACGGAAUCUGAAUAGUUCUUACUAAACAAAAUGCAAGAUUGCAAAGGUGCGUGGUUUUAGGAGGGGGG